AUGAGCACAUUCGACCCGUUGAGCAACGGCUUCGCCUCCGAAGAGCCGCCAUGGCCCACGACGCCGCACGUCCCAAACACGCCGAUACCCAACCUGCCCCGUCCUGCGCCUUUGCACACGGACUCUCUGCGCUCCGCGGGGGGCCUGUAUGGGAAGGAGCCGCAGAUAUAUGGGCAGCCUGAGCCGGGUCUCAUCUCGCCGCUUGUCACGACCGGCUCCAAUGGCGCGAAGUAUGAGCGGCCGGAGCCGUAUCUCAGAGUGCGGAUUACAGGCUUGGACAGGAAUCGGCGGGACAUUCUGGUGAAAUUCGACGCGCAGACGAAUUUAGCAAACUUCACGGGCACGACGUAUCGCAACGUAUCGCGCUCCUACGUCGAGUUUCAACAAUUCUACGAGACUGUCGUGCACACGACUCCUCAGACUAUUAUACCCGCCCUACCCCUGCCCCGUACCUCCGCGCCGACGGACGAGGAAGACGACCGCCUCGUCAAAAUUAUGCUGCAGCGGUGGUUGACGCGGAUCUGCGAGGACCCCAUCCUGCUCCAAGAAGAAGAGCUGCGGUCCUUCAUCGAGAGCGACUUUGGGUACCAGCCGACGCCGAACGCACGCCGGAAGGCGUCGGGCGGGUUCAGCCUGAUCAAGCCGCGCGUGCCCGACGAGGACGAGGAGCUGCAGCGCGCGCGGUUCGAGCUGACGAAGCUGGAGGGACAGUACUUCGAGGCAGCUAAGGCGAUCGACAAGCUCUCGCGGGCCCGAAAGACACUCGGUGCUGUGCGCGCGGAGAUGGGCAACAAACUCGUGAACGUGGCUACGACGGAGGCGCACCCGCCGCUGGGGAAUGCGUUCCAGAAGCUUGGCAGGGCGUGGCAUAGUGUGGCAGACCUCGACCAGGCGCAGGGUAUCAGCGAAUGCGUGAUUGUCGGCGACUCGCUGGGCUAUCAGGGUUUGAACGCUCGGUCUGCCAGAGAGACUCUGCAGCAGCGAACAGCGGUGCUGGAGGACUAUCAAGCUGCCGUCAAGGCGUCAAUCUCUAAGCGUCGGACUCUGGAACGACUGAAGGCAAGUAGUAAUAUCAGGGCAGAAAAGGUCGAUGAGGCACUCGAAGACAUGGAGGAGGCAAACAAAUACGAGAUGAUUCUGGCGAAGCGUGCGGAAGGCAUUUCGCAGAAUUUGCACCGAGCCCUCGACAGGCACAAAAAGCUUGUCACCGAAGAUGUGGCGACGGCUCUCGUAGAACACGUCCGCUCCUCUAUUCUGUACGAGCGCCAGAUGCUGCGCGAACUCGAGGCUCUCAAGCCCGACAUCAGCAAUGCCAACAAGAAGUUCAUCCCGCCGGCGAAGACCAACGGCGCACCCCGCCCGUCGUACGUCCCACCCCUCGAAGAUUUCACCAAACCCGCUCCUCGCCCAGCUUCAGCGGCGCCCACGGGCUCGUUCAGGGUACCACCGACACUAGCGGCGUCACCGUCUCAACCCGGGCCUUCCAGGGCUGCCAACGCAUCGCCUCAACCGCCCUUGCCAGCGUCGCCCGCUACCUCGACUUCAGCGAGCAUCAGGUCCCUGCCCCCGCAGUCACCCGGCGCCGGCCCGUCUUCCCCGGGACCCCAGCAGACGUCGUUCGCCCCUCCCCUUGCGGAUGGUCCGCCUCUCGGUGGGCGCUUCGUCGAUGGGACGAAGUCGAUGUUUGUCAAGCCGCCGUCAUCACCUCUCGCGUCGACGUUCAACGCUCCACGCGCGAGUUCGCCACUCACCACGGGGAAGACUAUGCCGGAAUCGCCUCUGCACGGUUCCACAUAUAUCAGCGCCGCUGCCGCUUCUCAGCCUCAGCCAUCCCCGCACCCAUUGGCGAACUCGAUGGGCCCUCUAGGAGGUUCGCUCUCGCGGUCGUCGAAUGGUGUUCCUGCGUCCAGCGGCGCUGCGUCGCCGCAACCAUCGCCGCUGGCAGUGGAUCCGCUCACGGGGAGGCCGAUCACUAUGUCUCAGUCUGUAAGGGUGACGCCGCAGAGGCCGAGGCUCGACGCGAGGGAGGCAGCGAGCAAGCUUGCGAAUAUGUUCUAA